AUUGUAAUCGGAGCUUCUUUAGUGAUAGGGUCCCACUAGCACGCCCACGUUUGGCUUUGGUCCUUGUGGUUUUGUUGCCUGAUCAUCCUGGGCAUCUGGUAAUGGAGCAGUCUCAGCCGAGGCCCUCCUCCUCAUCGGGCGGCAAGCCGCAGGACUCCGGCGUGCUCAGCCGAGAGGACUUUGAUGGCGGACCCGUGAGUAUCGACGAGGUGGAUACAGGAUUGUUUUUGGGUAAUCUAACGGCUGCCACGCACAUGGAAACAUUGCGUUCCUUUAAAAUCACCCACAUCCUGACCCUGGACUCGGUGCCGCUGCCGCAGCACAUCCUGGAGGCCAGCUUCCUCACCACCAAGUAUAUACAGAUCGCCGACAUGCCGCGCGAGGAUAUCCUGCAGCAUUUGGAGGGCUGCGUGGACUUUAUUACCACAGCCCUCGCUCAACAGGGCAAUGUCCUGGUGCACUGCUACUUUGGCGUAAGUCGCAGCUCUUCCACGGUGAUUGCCUACAUGAUGAAGCGCCACAACCUGGACUUCCUGCCCGCAUUCGAGCUGGUCAAGGCCAAGCGCCGCUUUGUCCAGCCAAACGCCGGCUUCGUUAGCCAGCUAAAGCUCUUCCGCCGCAUGGGUUGCAAGAUUGAUCCAAACUGCCAGCGCUACAAGAUCCAUCGGCUGCGUCUGGCCGGCGAGCAGAUGCGUAAGGCCAAAAUCCUGCCUCAGAGCUUCCACAGCGUGGUUCGCCCCGAUCCGGAUAUAACGCGAGAAAAUCCCGAACCCAUUGUCUUCCGCUGUCGGCAAUGUCGUCGAGUGCUGGCAUCCAAGUCCCAUGUGCUGGAGCACAAACCACGCGAUCGGCCGCCACAGGAGGAAGUGACUAGUAGCAAGGUGGAUCAGCCGCAAGAGCAGAUUGAUAAUCCCAGUGGAACACGCGUGCUAGAGCAGCUGGCCGAGCGCAUACGGCAAUCGUCACUUGGUUCGCCCAGCCACGAGGGCGCGCCAAAAUAUUGUCGCAGCAUUUUGUUUGUGGAGCCCAUUGCCUGGAUGCACCGCAUCAUGCUGAACACCCAGGGCCGUCUCUACUGCCCCAAGUGCGAGCAGAAGCUGGGAAAUUUUAGCUGGAUCAAUGCCUGCAGGUGUCCAUGUGGAGAGACGAUGACGCCUGCGUUUUAUCUUAUACCUUCCAAGGUGGAGCUCUCCAAGGCCGUGCAGAACGUGCAGACCACAGUUUAGGUGCAUCUUCCACGAAACAGAAUGAGAUGGCAUCAUCAUACGAAAUUGGCGGGAUUAUUUGGACGUCCUUAACAACACACACACACACACACCGAUUGGCAGUCGCCCACCUAGUCAAAUACCAAUGGUCACUGUCACAAGGACGCUUUUAAGUCCUUUAAAUUAUAAAAAUAAUUAUAAUACACAUGACAAAAGUGA